AUGGCCACUCCGCAGUCCAUGAAGCCCGCGCCUUCGCAGCAGGGCAAGACCCCGCAGCAGUCGCACCAUGGCGCGAUUGGUACUCCUGGCGCGUCGGCCUCGACCCCGUACUCGAACCUACAUGCCUUCUCCCCUCAUGGACCGAGAUCGUCUCCGCAGCAGAUCAAGAAAUCGCCUGCGACUACGGGGACCCUGAUGGGCAGCAACAGCCAGACUGGCGCCGCGCCCAUGAAUUUCGACAGCCCCUCCGCCGCAGCCUUCAUGGCGAGUUUCGAUGCGUCUUUGGUGGACAACAUGGGCAUCACAUCGAUGGGCAUGCCGCGGCCCAGUGGCGACGAGGAGCGGCAGAAUAGGCUGAAUGAUGUACUGCAGAUAUUGAGGCAAAAGAAGGGUGUCGUCAGCAACGAGGGCCUGGAAAGACUGACUAAGAGGGUCGGACUGGACUGCAUGUGGGAAGACGUCCCACCCAUCAAGAACUUUGUCAUUGCGGGUGAUACUGUCGCCUUGGAGAUUGGCAUGAAAGACCAUGUUGCGCAGACGGUCAAACUGGACUUUUCCGUGUCGAAAGACCCUGUGACGAAAUACGCGAGCAAGGCUGAAGCAAUACUCCUCGAUGACCUGAAACUGGCACCCGGACAACACCCAUGGACCAAGUCUCUCGACAAGUUUGCCGCGAACCUGGAACGUCUCGCAGCCUUGGACAAGCUGAGCGUCUUGGGUAAGGACGGCGCGAAGCCUCACCUUGUAACCCAUGAUGCUGUAGCAGGACUCUAUGAGAGUCUGGAGAAGUUGCAUGAAUGGGACGUCAAGCGACUACACGACAACGCAGAGCUUAUUACAAAGGGUGACGAACACAUCAGAGUCGUCGCGAUGUGUGAACGGAACGGCCGACCAGUCAUGCACGAGAGAGGACAUGUGGGAAUGUGUCUGGACUUCUGGCGCGAGAACAGGCUAUACAUCCCACGUGGCGAGCAAGCCAAAGAGAAGAUCAAGAGCGCAAAGACCUGGGGCAUUCUGAUCGGCUGCGCACCAAGGGACCCGCUCUAUCCUGCUCCUGUCAGAGUGUCCAGUGAGUGGCUGGCGGAUGACAUCGAGAUGCCAGCCACAGAUGGGCUGCAAGAGCCUAUGUUGGAUUGGCAACAACCACCGGACUGCAUAUUACCUGGGGACGACGGCUCACAACCUCAUGACGGCCUGAUGGCACUGACGGGCCCGAAGCUGCCCGAUAUCAUGUUCAUGGCCGCAUUCGACCCGCCCGUCACUCUCCCGUUCAGCGUGUGGAUAGAGAUGCGACAUGUGACGGGAGCACCUGUUGGUGAUCCGCCGCCAUACAUACCGACAUUUGACAGUCUUAUUUUCCCUCCCGGCCCUGACUACAACGCAGCAGAGCCGCGGGUGAUCACAGCAACGAAGUUGGUCAAGGCUUUUACCAAGGACAAGAAGCCGGCACCAAAGACAUAUGAGAACCGACUGUUCAUACACAAGCCUGUCUACGGGCAGGCUUUGACUGACCUGCCUUUCUCACACCCCUCGCAGUUGGUUGCCAUGCUUCCCACCCUGCGGCAGUACGCUUUUCUUCAAAUUCUCCUCGACAGAGCAUUCGGCAUUGGAGAGGAGAAGCCAAUGGCAUCUGCGAAGACCAGGUUAGAUGUACCGGCCAAAGUGGUAACCGCGAAGGCAGACGAGUUCGAUGCCUGGAUGAGCGAGGGCAACAAGGACACGAGGGCACAGGAGAAUGAGCAGGUCACCGCCGACGCAUCGUCAGAUCAAGGAACUGUCAAGAUUGACAUCACUCUGAACGCCCACCCGCAACCAAAUCCCAAGCUACAAAUCAUGUUCCCUUACCGAGGACGGCCCGCGCAGGUCACGGUCGACAUCGAGCGCAACGGCGUGGUACAGGUCGAGUCGUGCAACAUCGUCGACGACGAGGGCCGGGCGGUCGAUGAGACGGGCAGCCCGGUCGAAGGCGCGGCGCCGAACCCGGCGUGGAGCAAGGAGCGCUUGGGCCGGCGGCUGAUGUUCUUUGAAGACAUCGGGCUAUGGUGCGAAUGGAUACGGGUCAAUGUUGGGCCCUAA